AUGUGGAUUUGCGGUAAUGCCUCCAAUUUGUCGAUUCAAAGAUAAUGCAGAUAAAAUAAACAACAAAGGAGGCUUAAUCGGUCUAUAUAAAUACAUUUUCAGCGUGUUCUCUUCACAAUCGUCGCAUUAUCAAAGUGAAAAGAAGCAAAAUGAAAUCAAUGGUUGCGUUGUUCGCCGUGCUGGCUGUGGCGGUCGCCAUGCCCGCGCCUCCCCCGCCCGGCCCGCUGGUGCAGAUCGUCGUGAAUGUCAACGCGCAGGAGCACCCCGCGCCGCCCGCGCCUCCGGCCGUCAUCCCCGUGUUGCCUGACAUGCCCAUAGUCCCCGAGCCCAUAGUGCUCCCUCCUGCUCCUGUACCCGAGGUGAUCGUGCCCGGUCCUGCGGUGCUCCCUCCCCCUGCCCUUCCCGAAGUGAUUGUACCCGCUCCUGCAGUGCUCCCUCCUCCUUCCCUUCCUGAGGUGAUUCUGCCCGCUCCGGCAGUGCUCCCUCCUCCUUCCCUCCCGGAGGUGAUUUUACCCGAACCCGUGGUGAUGCCCGACCCUGUGAUGCCCUAAAUUGUGAUGAACUAAUGGUUCCAAGACCUAAACAUUGUCCAGAUUGAAAAUUAUUGUUUGGAGCGUUUUGUUGUUAGGUGUAAGUUAUAAAAGUGAAGGCAAUAAAUUUUGUUUUUUGUA